GUAACCUUAUGUCAUUUCACGCGAACACACCCUAUUGUCCUUUUUCGUCCAUCAAAAAUACACACACUCCCCUUUCACACUCUCACUCUCCCUUUCUUACUUACUUCCUCCAUUUGUCCUAGCUUACUCUACAUUCUCUUCCUAAAAUCCUAAUGGAGCAUCCCUUCUUCAUCAAUGGCCCCCCCUCUAACCGACCUGAAGCAUUGCGUUGGCUAUCCAUCGCUGAGAAGCUCUUAACGAAUCGUGACCUUGUUGGCAGCAAAUCAUUCGCGACCCGUGCCCGUGAAUCCGACCCGACAUUAGCACCUGCUACCGACCAAAUACUCGGCAUCGUCGAUACUUUAAGCGCCGGCGACAAAAGGAUAAACAACCACCACUUCGACUACUACUCUAUUCUCCAAAUCCCUCCUAACCAAACCCAAAAUGCCGACUUCAUCGCUGAUCAGUAUCGCCGAUUUGCUCUUCUUCUCAACCCUCAGAACAACAAUUUCCCCUUUUCGGAUCAAGCUUUUCGCCUUGUUGUUGAUGCAUUCUCAGUUCUUUCUAAUCCCUUGAGAAAAAGUAUGUAUGAUAAGGAGCUGGGUUUCUUCCUUAACCUUUACCCAGUUGCUUCUACACCUACCCCUGUGAAUUUUGUGCAUCAUGGUGCGUAUCCUUCAAUACCCAGUUCAAAUGCAGACCAAAUGUUUGUGAAUUUGCCCAGUCAAGAUCAAGGGUCACAUGCUGCUGAAGUGAGCUUUAGUAGAGACCCACAAGCUGGAAUUUCUAUGCCAGUCAAAUUUCUGACUCGUGAACAAGAAACUGUGACCUCUAUGGCAGGCUCGGUUACAGAGCAACAACAUCAGCAACCACAACAACCUGUAACAUUUCCGAGACAACAUGCACAACCACCAGUGACGUCUAUUUCAUUUUCAAACACAGAUGAACAACCUGCGACAUUCUUGAGUUUGAACCAACCACAGCCGGUAACCUCUGUGAGAAGCUUAAAUACAGAAAACCCACCAUUUGGUAUCGGGUUGAGUUCGACACGAGGGCCAGAACCGAUGGUUUCUGUAGAGCAGCAUGGGAAUCAACACCUCCCAGAAAGGAAUGAGAAUGUGGUGGGGAACAAUGAAAACAGGUCUGCUAGUACUAGUGAUCAUGUGAGUAAUGCCAACGAGAAAGAAGGAAAUGUAGAUGCUUCAGAUAAUAGGAUACCCAGUUUCUGGACUGCUUGUCCUUAUUGUUAUAUUAUGUAUGAGUUCCCUUUGGAGUAUGCUGAUUGUACUUUGCGGUGUCAAAAUUGUAAGAGGGCUUUCCAAGCUGUAACAAUUGCGUCCCCUCCACCAAUUAUUGAUGGAAAAGACGCUUGUUUUUGUUGUUGGGGAUUUAUGCCUUUAGGAUUGUCUUUGGAGAAUUUUGAGAGAAAUAGAGAUAAUGGUUCGAGCUGGUCUCCAUUUUCGCCGAUGUUUACUUGUCCGCGUGCUGGGGGGGAUGGAGGGAGUAAUAUACAUAAUCGUGUUGUUGGAGGACAUAGUCAUGUGGAUAAUCUUGGCGCUUUGCAUAAUGCAGGUGCAUCGAUCAGUGGGGAUGGACGAGAGCAUUUUGCUCCAAGAAUAUACGUUGAUGAUGAUGAUGAUGUGUUUGUUGAGGUGUCGGAGGCAGGUGAGGAGUCUGAUGAGGAUUGGAAUCGGAAUAAGGAGAGGAACAAAGCGAAGAGUGGGAAGCGGAAGAAUGCAAGGACGGGAACCCCAAGUAAAAAUGCCAUGAAGCAGCAAGCUGUUAAGGCAAAGAACGUUGAAGGGAAUAAUGAUUUCAAUUUGCAAGAUGGUUUAGCUACUCAAGAUGGUGUAGAGAUGUCACAUGUUGUGGCAGUUGAGUCAAAUAAGAAAGGUAUUGCAAGUAAGACAAGAAGGCCAACUGAUGGGGUCGCAAAACACUUUGGGAGUUUGGAUUUGAAUGUGGAGUUCAGUAAUGAUGUUGAAGAGCCUAUAGUUCAGAUGAGCCACGAAAAUGAAGCAGGGGAGGGAGAGGAUGACACUGUUGAAGUGAUUGGGUUUUUUGAAGGUCUUGAUGAAUUUCUUAGCAGUCUUCCUAUACUCGAUGUUGUGGAUGGUGAUAAGGUUGAGGCUGCCUAGUGAAGUAAGAUACUUCUUUUAUCGUAGUUGUAGCUUUAAUUUUUGUCUUUUGUAUGCUGUAGUUAAGAAUGGUGUAGAAGCAUUGGCCUUAAAAUUUCUACUGUAAUGCUAAUGUAUAACUAUUCUCUUCCGAAAUAGCUGCAGGAAUCAGUUUAUUGCCUC